GUUUCCGGAGGAGUGUGCUUGCGCGGAUGGCAGCUUUACGCCACUUCCUGUAAGACUGGCGGAAGUUGCUUCUGAGUGCGACGCGGUUUGGAAGAAUUCCGGCGGUGGCAGAAGUGGUUGCAUUUUGUCCGUACGGGAGAGUCGUCAUGGCGGCGGUGGAUUCGGAUGUCGAAUCGCUGUCGCGUGGGGGUUUCCGCUGCCGCCUCUGCCACGUUACUACAGCCAACCGACCCAGCCUAGAUGCCCACUUGGGAGGCCAGAAGCACCGGCAUCUGGUAGAACUUCGAGCUGCCAGAAAGGCCCAGGGACUUCGAAGUGUGUUUGUUAGUGGCUUUCCCAGGGAUGUGAAUUCUGCCCAGCUCUCUGAGUACUUCCAGGCAUUUGGACCUGUGGCCAGUGUUGUCAUGGACAAAGACAAGGGAGUAUUUGCCAUUGUGGAGAUGGGAGACAUGGGUGCUCGGGAGGCUGUCUUAUCACAAUCCCAACACAGCCUGGGAGGACAUCGCUUGCGGGUCCGGCCACGGGAGCAGAAGGAGUUCCAGAGUCCAGCCUCCAAAUCCCCCAAAGGAGCAGCGCCUGAUAGUCACCAGCUGGCGAAAGCACUAGCUGAGGCUCCAGAUGUGGAAGCACAGAUGGUAAAACUUGUCCAGUUGAGGGAAUUGUCUGAGGCUGAGCAGCAGCUUCGGAGCCUUGUGGUGGCCCUGAUGCAGGAGGUCUUCACAGAGUUCUUCCCUGGCUGUGUGGUCCAUCCUUUUGGCUCGUCCAUAAACAGCUUUGAUGUCCAUGGCUGUGAUCUUGACCUCUUCUUGGAUCUGGGUGACUUGGAAGAGCCCCAGUCAGUCUUAAAGGCUCCCGAGUCUCCAUCAUUGGACUCAGCCCUUGCUUCUCCACUGGAUCCUCAAGCCCUGGCCUGUGCCCUAGCCUCCCCUCUAGGCUCACAGUCUCCAGCUUCUCCCCAAGAUUCUGAAGCCCUGGACUGUGGAACUCCUUCCUCCUCCCUGGCACCCCAGACUCCGGACUCGGCUUUGGCCUCUGAGACUGUUGCCUCUCCCCAGUCCCUGCCUCCAGCCUCACCACUGCAGGAAGACAGGGGAGAGCAGGACCUGGGAAAGGCCCUGGAACUAGCAGAGGCCCCAAAGGGGGAGAAGCCAGAGGGAGCAGCAAUGCUGGAGCUCGUGGGAUCCAUUCUCCGGGGCUGUGUCCCUGGGGUGUACCGAGUCCAAACUGUGCCUUCUGCCCGGCGCCCUGUUGUCAAGUUCUGCCAUCGACCUUCUGGUCUUCAUGGUGACGUCUCCCUCAGUAACCGGCUAGCCCUACAUAAUUCCCGUUUCUUGAGUCUCUGCUCUGAGCUGGAUGGGCGAGUCCGGCCCCUUGUGUAUACUCUCCGCUGCUGGGCUCAGGGUCGAGGGCUGUCAGGGAGUGGCCCGCUUCUGAAUAACUACGCCUUGACCUUGCUUGUGAUCUAUUUCCUUCAGACCAGGGACCCUCCUGUGUUGCCCACUGUGUCCCAACUCACCCAAAAAGCAGGUGAGGGAGAGCAAGUGGAAGUUGAUGGCUGGGACUGUAGUUUCCCCAGGGAUGCCUCAAGACUGGAGCCCAGUACCAAUGUGGAGCCCCUCAGUUCCCUGCUGGCUCAGUUCUUCUCCUGCGUUUCUGGCUGGGAUCUUGCUGGCUCACUGCUAUCCCUGAGGGAGGGUCAGGCAUUGCCAGUGGCAGGGGGCCUGCCCUCUAAUCUUUGGGAAGGUCUGCGCCUUGGCCCCAUGAAUCUCCAGGACCCCUUUGACCUGAGUCACAAUGUUGCAGCCAACGUGACCAGCCGGGUGGUUGGGCGACUACAGAAUUGCUGCCGAGCAGCAGCUAAUUACUGCCGAAGCCUCCAGUACCAGCACCGUUCCUCUAGGGGUCGGGACUGGGGGCUGCUCCCCCUUCUGCAGCCCAGCUCUCCGAGCUCCUUGCUGUCUGCCAUGCCCAUCCCCUUACCCCCUUUUCCCUUUCCCCAGCUCAGUGCUGCUGUGGUCCAGGUGUUAAGAGAAGCCUUGGGAUGCCAUAUAGAACAGGGAACCAAGAGACCACGGUCAGAAGGAUGUGGGAUUGAAGAGUCUCUCCAGGGAGGGACGAACAAAAGAUUGAAACUUGAUGGACAGAAAAAGAGCUGUGAGGAGGGAAAAGAGGAGCAGCAGGGAUGUGUAGGGGACCACAGUGAAGAUGGGGUGGAAGAAAUGGUUAUAGAGGUUGGAGAGACACCACAAGACUGGGCCAUGCAGAGUCCUGGGCAAUCAGGGGAACCACCCCUGAUGACCAGAAAGUAUCUAGCCACUGGAGAAGAGGGACAGCCAGGCCAUGUAGUGCUGCUGGCUGAGCAGGGACCCAUGGGACCUAAGGUGGCCCAAGAAGAGAUGAAGGGCGAGACAGGGAAGGGGGCAUCUUCCCUGUCUUCAGUGAGCUGGCGCUGUGCCUUGUGGCAUCGAGUAUGGCAGGGGCGACGGCGUGCUCGGAGACGCUUGCAGCAGCAAACCAAGGAAGGAGAUGGAGGCAAUGCUGGCGUGGGAGCAGAAUGGCUGGCAGUAGAGGCUCAGGUGACCCAAGAACUGGGGGGGCUGAACUGUUGUGAACAGAGACCAGAAACUGAACCCCUCCUGGCCUUUGUGGCAUCGGCCUCCGAGGCUGACCGGACUCUCACCGUGACUCCACUCCGGGACUCCCAAGGCCUGUUCCCUGAUCUCCAUCAUUUCUUACAGGUUUUUCUCCCUCAAGCACUUAGAAAACUCCUCUGAGGACAUGGACCCUAAGGGCAAUAAAGCUGCUAGUUUAAUACAGA